AUGUCCAUCUACAUCCGUUCGCGCACUCGCUCUUCCCCCAUCGCCCGUAGUCGCAGAGGUGAAGCCGAAGCCUCCAGUGGAAGUCGAAACAUUACUUGGAUCGCACCGCAAAGCAACCAAACCUACCCAGCCGGCCAGACCCUCGUCGCUAAAUGGGAUACGCUGUUAGCUCUGAUUUUACCUUCAUUCCAGCUGUGUGUGGGGGAAGACGGUGUAAUGGAGCGUGUCCCAGAGACGCGGUGUGGAAGUAUGGUGAACCCAUCGGUUCAACAGCAAAUAGAUGGACUAUAUUUUGUGUCUCUAGCUGUUCCGAACAUCACCUCGGCGAAACCGUUCAUCCUGAGGAUGCAAGAUACGCUUGGGUAUGAGUUCGACUCACCUCCUUUUUAUCUGGGUCAGGUCAGCGCCGGUACGAUUGCGGCCCAAGAGAAUUCCACGGACUCGACAGCUCCAACGCAACCACAGGAAACACCGUCGCUUCCCGCGGGAAUCCUCUUCAACCUUACGGACGUCGACACCUCGGCUUCUGAUUCCUAUCCUCUGCUGGUCCUCCAAGAGCGACGAAUUGGUCGGUACUUCAAGCGACAAGAUAGCGAUUUCGGUCCCUUUUCCCCCGGUGGAUCCCCGACAUUAGCGACUCUGUUGGUACCGUUGGCCAUCGUCGGCGUCAGCCUUCUUCUGGCGUUGUUCCUUUGUUUCAGAAGACAUCGACAAAAGGAAUUAAGACCGUUAAUUUUGACGGAGAAGAGGCUCGUGCAUCCCGAUCUCAGGCGUCCGUCGGUUUCGUUCAAGUCGGGGGAUGAUCUGGAAUCCGCCGUUUCUGCGUUGGAGAGGGAAAGAGCGAUGGGGAGGGGAAGGGAGAGUCCUUUCGAUGCUGUUUCGCGAAACGACGUGGUUUUGCCUUCGUUGCCGUUUGACGGUUCUAUGGGUCAUUCACCUACCUCGUCGUCGUUUGCAGCUGGCGAGGAAGAAGUUAAACGGACGAUGCGCGAGUCCGUUUCGGACCUGCGGUCGAGGUCUCUGACGGAUUCCUACUUCUCAUCUGUUCCUGCUCUUCCCUCGUCACCAAUCCUACAGCAGCAGCACCUCGAAGGCAUUGCCGAAGUUGUGGAGUCUGACGCGGAGGGUGGGCGGAAUGGAACCACGCUCUACGAGGAUUCUACCCAGCGUACCCUUCCACGCUCUCCCUUGCCUUCAUCCCCGCCGCUACUUGUCAAUGCAUCAGCAUCACUCAAAUCCCCCAUCGAGAGGCUUCAAGAAGUUAACCUGGCCUCGCCGCCGCUUCCUGCCAUGAUGAAGCUUUCGGAGAUGUACAAUUGUCGGACACGAAGCAAGUCUCCUAAUGACGGUGGCACGAGAAGGUCCCCUCUGAGGGUGAAGGAUGAUCUAGAAGCAGGGGUGGAAGCAGGGUAA